UUAUACUUGCUAUAUAUCAAUGACAUCCGUAUAGACCCUCCCAAACAUAUUUCUUUCUCCAACUUAAACCCUAAAAAAAAUCGAUUUUCUUUCUUUUCAUCUUCAAUGUCUCGCAGAACCGAUUUCAUACGUGAUGUUGAUGAUUCUAAAGAAACAUGGCGCCUUGCUGUUCGUAUCAACGAUAUCUGGACUGUCGUAAAUAGUAAAGGUGUCGAGCAUCUUGAGAUGGUUUUGAUUGAUUCAAAGGGAGAUCGUAUUCAAGCCUUGGUCCGUGGUGACCAUACUUCGAAGUGGAAGCAACUGCUGAAAGAGGAUAUGACCUGCGUCAUUAAUAAUGGGAAUGUUUAUGAAAAUGAUUUCCAGUGGAAGCUGUGCGAUCAUCCCAAAAAAUUUGUUUUCUUAAGCGGUACAACUGUUAAACCAAUUGACCUUAACAAUAUACCAUCUGAGAAAUAUUUCUUUAAAGAUUUCGCCGACAUACUCGCGGGGGGAUGUAACAUGGACAGACUUCAAGAUAUCAUAGGUGUGGUUGAUGAGAUUGAAAACUGCCAAUCCAAGACAGGAGGAAAAAAGAUUGUCAUUUCUUUUAAACUCAAAGAUUUGAGUGGGAACAUUGUAACUUGCACGCUGUGGGACACUUACGGAACCAGGUUUUUAAAUUACUAUAAUGACGAUUCAAAAUGUGGAGCAAUAGUCAUUGUUCUAACUCAUGCAAUCAUUAAGGAUUCUCAGGUCUCUAAUGGCUGGAGUGGCUCAAAACUGUUUAUCAAUGACGAUAUUGCUGUUAUCAAUGAAUUCAUGUCAAAGCUGUCUGAAUCUCAGAGGAAUGAAAGACCAUUGCAAUCCACUCAGACGAUGUCUUCUUGGUCUGGGUCAACCCAAUACACAACUAUUGAUAAGUUUGUUUAUAAUGCCAAAUGUAUGUCGCUAGCUGAAGUGGCAAAGUUAAAACAGGAAUCUGUGUGUGUAACUGUGGCUACUACUUUGAAAUUUGCUGUUUCCAAAUAUGGAUGGUUCUACUAUGGAUGCACCGGCUGCACUUUGAAGGCUUCUAAUCCAGAUAAUCCGUUUAAAUGUGGAUGUGGUGAAAAUGUUGUGAAACCUGUACCAAGGUACAAGGUUGAGAUUCAUGUAAUUGAUGGAGAAUCCAAGUUCCGCUUUGUAUUUUGGGAUACUGAUUGCUUUAAUAUCAUUGGAAAAACAGCCGACGAUAUGCGCAAAUCCAUGAUAGAGAAUGGUGAAGAUGAUCCUAUGGUAUAUCCAGACGAACUUGACGUACUUUUGAAAAAAAGAUUUGCUUUUAGAGUUAAAGUGCAGCCAAACUUCAAUCAAGGAUCCGUUCAGAAACUUUUAACAGAUGCAUCUUCUGUUGAUCAGAUUUUAGAAAACUACAUCAAACAGCAAGAUGAGCAAAAUAAAGACAUUGUAGUCAAUGAACCAAAAACACCAACAGAUACCUUGAAUUUCAACAUUGCUGGAAAGGAUCCAAGAAAGGAAGAUACCAUUGAUUUCUCAGCUCAUUCACUUUCGGCAUGUGGAGAAAAUGAACCCGAAAUCAACAGUACGGUCACCCCAACAAAGGCGAAGUCAACAAAUGCACCAGACGGUGAAAAUGAAUGUGAGUUUGUCGGAGCUACACAGUACUCGGGUACCAAACCCCUAAAAAAAGUGAAGAUAGAAGGAACCAACUGAUAUGUUGGUGAUUAAAAAAGCACUUACUUUAAGCAGAAUGUUCAUUUUCAAUUUCAUGUUUUAAAUUUUUGCUUAAUAUUUGGAUAAUCAUAUUUGGUUGUAGAAGUAUGUUCCUUUUCAAACUUGGUUUUCGAUAAGACCAUCCCA